AUGGACGUGGACGUGGACGUGGACAUAGACGUGGACGUGGACGUGGACGUGGACGUGGACGUGGACGUGGACGUGGACAUGGACGUGGACAUGGACGUGGACGUGGACGUGGACGUGGACGUGGAGGACGUGGACGUGGACGUGGAGGACGUGGACGUGGACGUGGACGUGGACGUGGAGAACUUGGACGUGGACAUGGACGUGAACGUGGACGUGGAGGACUUGGACGAGGACAUGGACGUGGACGUGGAGUGGACGUGGACGUGGACAUGGACGUGGACGUGGACUGGACGUGGACGUGGACGUGGACGUGGACGUGGACGUGGACGUGAACGUGGACGUGGACGUGGACGUGGACGUGGACAUGGACGUGGACGUGAACGUGGACAUGGACGUGGACGUGGACGUGGACGUGGACGUGGACGUGGACGUGGACAUGGACGUGGAGUGGACGAGGACGUGGACGUGGACGUGGACGUGGACGUGAACGUGGACGUGGACCUGGACGUGGACGUGGACGUGGACGUGGACGUGGACGUGGACAUCGACGUGGACGUGGACGUGGACGUGGAGAACUUGGACGUGGACGUGGACGUGGACGUGGACAUGGACGUGGACGUGGACGUGGACGUGGACGUGGACGUGGACGUGGACGUGGACAUGGACGUAGACGUGGACGUGGACAUGGACGUGGACAUGGACGUAGACGUGGACGUGGACGUAGACGUGGAGGACGUGGACGUGGACGUGGAGGACGUGGACGUGGACGUGGACGUGGAGAACUUGGACAUGGACAUGGACGUGAACGUGGAUGUGGAGGACUUGGACGUGGACAUGGACGUGGACGUGGAGUGGACGUGGACGUGGACAUGGACGUGGACGUGGACGUGA